CAUAUAUGUAUCGCCGAUGAUGAUGAUGAUCGGAGGUUUAAUUAGGCGCGGCUGUAACAUGAACAUUCAUAAUUCCGCUGGCAUUCAAUCAAUGCAGACGUGAACAAUUCCAGUGAUCAAGUGAUCGACUUAACCAUCGAUCUCGUGCAAAGUGUACAGUGUCUCAAUCCCACUCAAUACAGUUCCCACAAAAGGUGCGAAACAAGAAAAUCGAUACUCAAAACAUAAACGUAAUAGAAAUUCAAGGAAACCAUGGCGCAAAGCGAUUCGGAAAAUUGCUGUGCCAAGCUCGCUAAUGAUGAGUUGUGCUGCCAAAAGUCAAAAAACGGAGUCUUAAAGGCUAUAUCCCCAAAAAUGUUUCCCGACAAAAUCUACAAGUCAGUUCAGCCAAAAGGAGAAGAUGCUACGGGAAUGACCUGCGAAUGUGGAGUUUUUGGAGCCAUCGCAUGCGGAGAUUAUCCAACUCAGCUGGACAUAGCCCAGAUGAUCUGCCUGGGUCUGGUUGCACUGCAGCAUCGAGGACAGGAGUCGGCGGGUAUAGUGACCAGCCUGGGCAAGUGCUCCAAGAACUUCAGCGUGCACAAGGGCAUGGGGAUGAUCAACAAUCUGUUCAAUGACGAGGCCAUCAGGAAGUUAAAGGGCAACCUGGGAAUAGGCCACACCCGCUAUUCCACCGCAGCAGCCUCGGAGGUCGUGAAUUGUCAGCCAUUUGUGGUGCACACUGCCCAUGGAGCUCUGGCCAUUGCUCACAAUGGAGAGCUGGUGAACUGCGAGUCCUUGAGGAGGGAGGUCCUGGAGCGGGGAGUGGGUCUGUCCACGCACAGUGACAGUGAGCUGAUUGCCCAAUCCCUGUGCUGUGCUCCCGAGGAUGUUUCCGAGCACGAUGGACCCAAUUGGCCGGCCAGGAUUCGUCACUUUAUGACCCUUGCUCCACUUUCCUAUUCCCUGGUCGUUAUGCACAAGGACAAGAUCUAUGCCGUCCGAGAUUCCUAUGGAAACAGACCAUUGUGUUUGGGAAAGAUCGUACCGGUGGAUGCGGGACAUGCGAAUAUCAAUGACCAACUGGCCGAAGGUUGGGUGGUCAGUAGCGAGAGUUGCGGAUUCCUCUCCAUCGGAGCCAGAUAUGUACGUGAAGUGGAGCCGGGCGAGAUCAUCGAGCUGUCGAGGAAUGGCUAUAGAACCGUAGAUAUCGUCGAGCGACCGGACUACAAACGCAUGGCAUUCUGCAUCUUCGAGUACGUGUACUUCGCCCGCAGCGAUUCCAUGUUCGAGGGUCAGAUGGUUUACUCCGCCCGCCUGCAAUGUGGUCGUCAGUUGGCCAGGGAGUUCCCACUAGAUGCGGAUUUGGUCAGUUCGGUUCCGGAAUCUGGCACCGCUGCGGCUCAUGGCUAUGCCAGGGAAUCCGGAUUGCCAUUUGGAGAGGUUCUCUGCAAGAAUCGCUACGUGGGCCGCACUUUCAUCCAACCCUCCACAAGAUUGCGCCAGUUGGGAGUGGCGAAGAAGUUUGGUGCCCUGGCUCAAAAUGUUGAGGGCAAGAGGAUCGUACUGGUUGAUGAUUCCAUAGUAAGAGGAAACACCAUUGGACCGAUCAUCAAGCUCCUGCGAGAUGCCGGAGCCACCGAAGUGCACAUCCGGAUUGCCAGUCCUCCGCUGCAAUAUCCCUGCUACAUGGGCAUCAAUAUUCCCACUCGAGAGGAGCUCAUAGCCAACAAGUUGAACGCGGAUCAGUUGGCCGAUCAUGUGGGAGCGGACAGUCUGGCCUACUUGAGUGUGGAGGGACUGGUGAAGGCCGUCCAGAUGAACAAGGCCCAUGUGAAUCCGCUGAAGGCCGGCUACUGCACCGCCUGUCUAACAGGCGAGUAUCCUGGCGGAUUGCCCGAGGAGCUCAGCUGGUAGGAUCUCAGCAUUUAAUACUCUGUUAGAAUUAAUGUAGCUCUUAGAUUCAGUGUAUAUAUAAAUAUAAAUUUUAAUUUGGGGUCUUUGACCUAACACAAAAA